CACUGUUGUUACACUCAAACCUGUCCCCGAUAUGGGAGGAAUAGUUGACAGCGCACGUCGGAGCCUUUACGCAACACAGCUACAAUGUAAUGGACUUUUAAUUUCAAAACUCAUUUAAAAUAGUUGACAAGCCGGUGCAGCAACAACAUAUUACAUUAAACUAACCGCUGACCAUUGAUGGUGUCCUUUGAUAAACAUUGUUCUUGUCAAGCUUAACGUUACGGACAUCAACAAUCUUGCGCGAGCCUAGUAGCUGUAAAGCUAGCUAUCUAACGUUAGUCAGUUAACGUUAGCUUCUCCCCGGCUAUUUUUAGUGCAAUUAAGCAGCUAUUUCCAGACCAAGGCGUCACCCUCUUACGACCUGUAAAGUCAUUAUUGUCUCCCAUGAUCUCGUUAAGUUAGCUAAUCAUUUGUACAAAAUGUCAACGACAUCGUUGGAUAAGGAAUUGCAAGAGCGCUUGAGAGAGGCGUCUGCGAUUGGAGACAUCGACGAGGUGCGGAUUUUAGUGGAAAGCGGAGUAAAUGUCAACUCUCAAAACGAAAUAAACGGAUGGACAUGUUUGCAUUGGGCAUGCAAGAGAAACCACAAACCGGUUGUGUCGUACCUGCUGAACUCUGGCGCUGAUCAAGAGAUCCUCACUGCAAAAGAUGAGCUGGCUGUCCAGCUGACCUCUAAGCCUGAAAUCAGAAGACUGUUAGGAGUUGAGGAGGAGGAAGUGCCUGAAAUCAAGGAGCCUGAGUUGCCAAUCAUUCCAAACUACCUGUCCAACCCGCCAUUCAUGUACAGUAAGAUGGACAACAAGGCUGAGCUCAUAUUGGCACAGUUGACCCAAAAUGGCAAUGGAGACCACUCAUCAGAUGACCCACACAGUGACUCAGCUUCCCUGUCGCCCACCCACGAGCAACAGCUGCCUCAGCAACCGCAGAGCCUACUCUCUGACAGGCCGAGGGAGGGGGCCUUCAUCCCAUUGGCGCAGCAGAACGGAGUGUCACCGAACCCCGCCUCGUCUCUCACCGUCAACGGAGGCCUGCCUAUGGACAUCUCCAUGGAGCCCCACCUGGUCAACCAUGGGGAGUACCCACACUCGGUGGCCCAUAAUGGGGCUGUGUGCUCUCCUCCCCUGCCCUCCCCCAGCCCCAGCACCACCAGCAGUAGCAGCCAAGCCCAGGUGGCUAACGCUAACCCAUCUAUGACCCGGCAGCAGUCCCUCCCUCAGCAGCUCAACUGUGGCCAGGGUGCUGGGGGUAACAUGCCUGCUUUCCAGCCUUUCUUCUUUACCAGUACAUUCCCUGUCAAUGUGCAAGAGCUGGUCUUAAAGGUGCGUAUCCAGAACCCCAACGCGCGGGAGAACGACUUCAUCGAGGUGGAGCUGGACAGACAGGAGCUGACCUACCGCUCGCUGCUCCGGGUGUGCUGUCGCGAGCUGGACAUCAGCACCGAACACGUGGAGAAGAUCCGCAAGCUGCCCAACACCAUGCUGCGAAAGGACAAAGAUGUGGCUCGGCUGCAGGACUUCCAGGAGUUAGAGGUGGUGCUGGAGAAGGCUGAGGGCCUGGCACUCCUCUCUGGGGCGGGAGGCCUCACCGACAGACCCUGCUACAACAUGAAGGCCUCCAGACUCACCUACUAGAGACCAACAGGAUUGACAGACACACAGACAGACCCUGCUACAACAUGAAUGCCUCCAGACUCACCUACUAGAGACCAACAGGACGGACAGACACACAGACAGACCCUGCUACAACAUGAAUGCCUCCAGACUCACCUACUAGAGACCAACAGGACGGAUAGACACACAGACAGACCCUGCUACGACAUGAAUGCCUCCAGACUCACCUACUAGAGACCAACAGGAUUGACAGACACACAGACAGACACUGCUACAACAUGAAGGCCUCCAGACUCACCUACUAGAGACCAACAGGACGGACAGACAGACCCUGAUGUCCAUGUGGACCCUACUAUCUCUCUAUUGACCGUAAUAGCCACUAUCGUUAUUAGUCAAUUUCAUUGCAUUAUGAUCCGGUGUCGUUCAGCCAGCGUUAUUGGGGGUUUGUUUAAAAAUCCUGUUGUGUUAGCUAGGUAACGUGGUCGCCCUGCCUGUCCUUGCCUUGCUCCCUGCCAGUCUGUCCCCAUGCAGCGCUCGCUAACCGAUUGCUCAUGCAACAUGUCCUCAGUUACAUACUGAAGAAUUUGGGCCUCCUUCCCUCUCUGUCCCCUCUUCUCUUCCCUCUGUCCCUCACUCUCUCCUCCCUCUUUGUGUUGUCGGGCUACAGUGGAACAUUGGCGUUGAGGGACAGUGACAGUCUUCCUAGAUGGCUUAACUUAUGUACUGUACAUGGAUCCCUUUGUACUGGGCAUUAGUCAUACAUGUACUGGGGACUUGGCUCCUGGGAAUGAGGGGUUUGAGAAGAGUAGAGGCCAUUUGAACAGCUCUUCUGAUAUACAGCCAUGGCUCUUAUUAGUCCAACAUGGGCGGCUUAGUACAAUGUUGCGACACAGCUGACUUGCACACAGCAACAUGCAGUAUUGCCGCUUGCUUAGUGGGCAUAGCAGGUGGCUGCCGACGUUCCAACUGGCAUUCACACCCAUGCUGCAGACUGCACACACACACACACACACAGUCAUACUCCCACACUUCAGUGAUAUUUCCAGUUUUUCCUUCAGUGGUUGCCCAUGUUAUCACACUACCCUGUUUAUUUGUUCUUAGGUGGAUGUUGAUGGAGCUAUUAACAGAGAUGUUGCUUUGUGCUGCUGAGGUUUGAUCAUCUAAGAGGGAGUGGGUUUGAGUGUUGUCUCUUGCCAAUUGAGAAGUUUUUGUUAGUUUCGUAGAACUGUUUAUGUGCUUAGUAAGCAAACAGAUGCUUCAAGUUGAAUCCGUAUUGUUAAGACGGUGUGUCUGUUUCUUAAAGAACUCUCUUCGUCAGUUGGAAGAUAACGGCCUUCUAACAGAUGUUAUGGUUAACUAGCUCCACAGACACUGUCUGGAUUUCAAUCAAACACCCAAUGUGGAACAAUUCUUCAUUGCUCCUGCUCUGUGAAUUUAGUUUUAUUCUACAAUGUUUACUUGCUGAAACAAAACUCAUUUAGAUUAACAUGUAUUGGGUGCAGGGGCAAUAUUUAAAUGUUCUACAGUUUGGUUGAAUGUUUGUGUGUGUGAGGGGUUAUUUUCAAUGUAACAGUUAUUGGGUCUAAUAUUCAACUGCCACUUUCAGCUGUGAAUGAAUUGAAUGGUAGACCGUUCCUAUAGAGUUCAGGUAUUAUUGAUUGAAGCAGAAUCUGCUAGGUUCACUUUAGGGGAAGUAUAUUCCCAGCUCAAGUAGGGGUUCCCCUAAAAUGAGCAUUUUAAACUGUUUCUGAAUCGCUUCGCUUAAGAUACUUCCAUUUACUGUGAUUAGAUCAAAACCAAAUACAAACCUAGCCAGAAAAAUAGUAUGGUUCUCCACAAUAGAUUAUCUAUCAUAAAUGUCCUAUUUUUGAAUUGCUGUAUGAAAUGUUUUUAGUUUUUUCGGAGUGAACUGAAUGACGUGGGCAAAGGACAGUUUGAAAGGAUUGUUUCUGUUUCAUAAGUUUAACACGGCUGUUAUGUUUGAGUGCUUCCAUAACACGUUUCCCAGCAAUUCUCCCUGUUGCUUCUAUCAUACAGGGCAUUUGUCAUAAUACUCAAGUUCACACUGCUCUGUGAGAACGUUUUAAACACAUAACCUACAUUAACAUGUAAGCUAGCUAGAGAUCAAAUGUUAGCUCUUGAGGGGUCCCCGAGUUUAACCUACUGACAUUUGACUUUUGUCAAGUUGUGGUGUUUGCUACUUCUUUGUUUGAGUAUAAAUGACGAUUCAUACACAAGAACGCAAACGUUAGUGUUGAAGCUGAAUGAGAGUGCAUUGAUUGAAAAGAUUACUGCUUAAAAUGCUUUAUGACAAACACAUUUGCUCAUAGAGGAAGACUAAGACCCUAACAUGUCCUAUCAGUCCUUUAUGCUGGUUAACAUUCAGUUCAGUGGUACAGUCAGUGGUCCACUACAGAAGUUUAUAAACAAUCAACAGUCAGUUACUAACAAAGGCGUUAAUUGUUUACUGUUCAGAUGUAUACCUUAAGCUCUGGCUGUCUUAGUAUGUUUAAUGAUGAUAUAUUUUUAUUCAUUUGUCAUUUCCUUUUUUAACGAGAAAUGUCUUUAGUUUGUAUCGAUGCCUACAAGUAUGGACCGUGUUUAUCAAUGGGGGUGAAAGGGAAGGUAGGUUGCAGCUAGGAUGAAACCAAGUGUAAAGCCACAGUAUCUACUGUGUUGAAUGGGUUGAGUGUAAAGGUUGAAGAAAUACAAGACUAACUUGAACAUGUCAAAUGGGCUCUCCAGAGGAUUUUGUAUUCCUAACUUGUGCCACGAGACCGAGAGGUACCUGGUUGAAGAAGCUGAAUGAUGAUGUUUGAAAUGCCUACGGCCAUUUUGUGCCCAGUGAAGGAGCACCAGUGUUCUAGAAUGUUCCAGAAUGAAUACUAGUUCUGUGAAAUGGAUGACUAACAUUGUACUGAUUGAUUGCUCAUGUUCUAGAGGAAGAAUACAGUAACUUUACCUAUGCAUUCAGAGUCUGAUAUUUUUAUAUGUCCUGUGUACCUUUGAUAAAUUCCUUAUAGGCACUGUUUAACUUGUGUUUGAUUGUGAAGACCUGUACCUGUUCUUUGAUAAAGCAUGGUGGGUAACUUGA